AUGGGCAAGUCUUCCAAAGACAAGCGCGAUGCCUAUUACCGCCUGGCGAAGGAGCAAAACUGGCGCGCCCGCUCCGCCUUCAAGCUCAUCCAAAUUGACGAGCAAUUCGACCUCUUCGAAUACGAGAACCCAGACCGCGUGACGCGAGUCGUGGACCUUUGCGCUGCACCGGGGAGUUGGAGUCAGGUGCUUAGUCGAGUCCUGAUCAAGGGCGAGAGCUUCGGACGGCGGGCAUGGAUCGAUAAGAAGCGGAGGGAGAAGCAUGCCUUGGACAAUGCCGAUGCGACCCCGGCCAGUGAUAAGGAGACCGAGGUUCCUUUCGGGGAAAAUGACCCUAGCUCCAAGUUGAAGCCUCGGAAAAAUGUCAAGAUCGUCUCGAUCGAUCUGCAACCUAUGGCGCCGCUCGAGGGCAUCACCACCCUCAAAGCCGACAUUACCCACCCCUCUACCAUUCCUCUUCUCCUGCGUGCGCUAGAUCCCGAAGCGUACGAAUCCUCGACACCUUCCUCAGACUCGCCAUCACAGACCCCCGUGGCAAUUAAGCAACCUCACCCAGUUGACCUAGUCAUCUGUGAUGGCGCACCGGACGUGACGGGUCUGCACGACUUGGAUAUCUACAUUCAGUCGCAGUUACUAUACGCUGCACUGAACCUUACUGUGGGUGUGUUACGCCCGGGUGGCAAGUUUGUUGCCAAAAUAUUCCGAGGCAGAGAUGUCGAUCUUCUCUAUGCACAAUUACGCACCGUCUUUGAGCGGGUCAGUGUUGCCAAACCGCGAAGUAGCCGCGCCAGCAGUCUGGAGGCUUUCGUUGUAUGUGAAGGUUUUAUUCCUCCUGUCAAUGAAGACGGACUGGUUGGUAUGGCGGCCUUGAAGAAUCCGCUAUUUGGCGGGGCUGCAGCACCGAAGCCUGUUUCGGAUGAUGGUAACGUCGGUGUCGAAGUGCUUGAGGAGCAGGACGAAGAUAUCCAGGCUCGCCCGGUCCUUGCACAAGCAACCUUGAGCGAGACCUCACCGCUCCCAGACCAUUCUACUGAGGUGCGGUGCCUCCACACAUCUACAUCCAGAGAUCAACCACCAUCGCAGAAGCCCCCAAGCAAAUUCGCGGUAGAGCACCGAUGGAUCCCUUCUUUCAUUGCCUGCGGCGAUCUCUCAGCGUGGGACUCGGAUGCAACUUAUGCCUUACCUCCCGACUAUGUCCGUUUGGACCCGGUACAACCUCCCACGGCACCUCCGUACCGGAAGGCUUUGGAGUUGAGGAAAGAGAAAGGUGGUGCUUAUGGAAAGACCAAGCCCAGGAUAUCGGGACAGGCUUAA